AUGAGUGGAAACAAUAUCGUUCCAACCAUCAUAGAUUAUGUGCAUGAAAAAAUCGAACGGUGUAUUCAAAAGUACAUGAGUUUGGAACAAACCAUGACUGAUCUCUAUGAUCAUUACCAGAUUCGUCAAAAUAUCACUAUAGCAAUUUGGAAACAUCUUGAAAGAGAGAGUCCAAAUUUUUUCAAAGUAUACCACAAACGAUGUGAAUUGGCUCGUCAUAUAGAUAAAUUAAAUGAUUUACUUUCUCAGCAAAUGUAUCUGAUGAAUAAAUUAACUGAUCCUACUACUACUAGUGCUACUGCUACUGAACCACCAGAUGAUUCAAUUUCUUCUCUCAUCAACGAUCCGUCACCGUUUGCCGCAACAAGACACUCAGAUCCUUUUACAUCGUUUGCUGCAACGCCGCAAUCAGAUCCUCCUACAACAACUGGUCUACUAUAUGAUAUUGAUUGUGAUGAUUCGAGCUUUGAAAAGAUUGCUAAAGAUUUAGAAGAGCAACAAAAGAGAAUGCAACUAAAAGUCCAGAUAAACAACACCGUUGAAUGGAUCAACACGGAAUAA